CUAGCGUUGCUGGGACGGGAUAGGUUUGCAAAAGGGAGGUAGCUAGCUCGCUAACAAGACUGGUGGGAAAAGCUGUGAAAAUACUCACUUAGCUAGCUCGCGAGCUAUAAUAUAAACACGAACAACAAAACGCAGCCAAGCAGACCCAUUUCGGACGUGUAUUCAGUAAUCCCUGUCCAGUCGGGUCCAGCUGGGGAAGAUGGUGAAGCCGGACGUCCACACGCUGGCCCACCACCUGAAGCAGGAGCGGCUCUACGUGGCCUCGGAGAAGCAGCUGAUCCAGCGGCUCAACGCCGAGGUUCUGAAGACGGCCGAGAAGCUCUACCGGGCCGCCUGGAUCGCCAAGCAGCAGCGGAUCAACCUGGACCGGCUCAUCCUCACCAGUGCGGAGGCCUCCCCAGCAGAGUGCUGCCAGCACGCCCGGGUGCUGGAGGACACGCAGUUCGUGGACGGCUACAAGACGCUGGGCUUCCAGGAGAGCGUGUACGGCGAGUUCCUGGGCCGGCUGCGGGAGAACCCGCGGCUGGUGGCGGCCUGCCUGGUGGCGGGGCAGCGGCUGAGCCCGGAGCACGCGCAGGGCGUGGUGCACAGCGUCUUCACCUCGCUGUACGGGAACUGCAUCAUGCCCGAGGACGAGAGCUACCUGCUGCAGGUGCUGCGCUACCUGAUCGAGUUCGAGCUGAAGGAGAGCGACAACCCCCGACGCCUCCUUCGCCGCGGCACCUGCGCCUUCAGCGUGCUCUUCCGCCUCUUCUCCGAGGGCCUGUACGCCGCCAAGCUCUUCCUCACCGCCACCCUCCACGAGCCCAUCAUGCACCUGCUGGUGGAGGACGAGGACCACCUGGAGACGGACGCGGCCAAGCUGACGGAGCGCCACACGCCGGCGCAGCAGGAGCGCCUCUUCGGCGAGAAGGGCUCCGAGGCGCACCGGCGCAAGGUGCAGGCGGCCGUGGAGGCCAACGAGGCCAAGCUGGUGAGCCUGGUCAACAAGUUCAUCGCCUCGCUGCGGCAGAACACCUACUGCUUCCCGCACGGCCUGCGCUGGGUGGUGUCGCAGAUGUACCGGACGCUGUCGCGGGUGGAGCGGCUGGAGGUGGGCGAGGUGCGCUCCAUGUGCACCCACCUGCUGCUCACCUGCUUCAUCUGCCCCGCCGUGGUCAACCCCGAGCAGUACGGCAUCAUCUCGGACGCCCCCGUCAACGAGGUGGCCCGCUUCAACCUCAUGCAGGUGGGGCAGUUGCUCCAGCAGUUGGCCAUGGCCGAUGCUGAUGAUGCGGAUCCGCGCAGGAAGAGCAGCCUGUCCAAGUUUGACAAAAGCUGCGUGGCCGCCUUCCUGGACGUGGUGAUCGGCGGGAGGGCUGUGGAGACCCCGCCCAUGUCCUCGAUGAACCUGCUGGAGGGGCUGAACCGGACGGUCGUGUACAUGACGCACAACCAGCUGCUCGCGCUGGUGGACUUUGUGCGGGGCGUGACGACGGGGGACCAGCUGUCCGAGGAAGAGCGCCUGGCCCUGGAGACUCUCCUGGCCAGCAUCCCGCAGUCCCACGCCGUGAAGAGCAACAGCCUGGAGCUGACCCCCUCCAACACCCCCCAGCUCUCGCCGGCCACCACCCCCGCCAACAAGAAGAACCGCCUGCCCAUAGGGCAACAGAUUGUGGCCAUCACCCCCUGGGACUCCACCUCCGCCACCCUGUAUGGUUACAUCCCCUUAGUCACCCCUUUCGCAGCCUCCCGCAGCCGCAGCCGUACCAACAUUGCCCAGGAGGGGGAGCCAGAGGCCAGCUCCCAAGAGUCCAUACAGGAAGUGGUGCCUGAGGAAGUACUGGUUAUAUCUAUGGGGAUUGCCCCUCAAAUUGUUCCUGGGAUGAUGUCAGAGAAUGUGGUCCUGACGCUGCAGAUGGCCGACGGGGCGCAGGGUGACGCGCCGGCCGACGACACGAAGCUCCACGGCAAGCCGGACAAGACGCUGCGCUUCUCCCUCUGCAGCGACAACCUGGAGGGCAUCUCUGAGGGUCCGUCCAAUCGCUCGAACUCGGUGUCGUCCCUGGACCUGGAGGGCGAAUCGGUGUCCGAGCUGGGGGCGGGGCCGUCCGGGAGCAACGGCGUGGAGGCGCUGCAGCUUCUGGAGCACGAGCAAGCCACCACUCAGGACAACCUGGACGACAAGCUGCGCAAGUUUGAGAUCCGGGACAUGAUGGGCCUGACGGACGACCGCGACAUCUCGGAGACGGUCAGCGAGACGUGGAGCACCGACGUCCUGGGCAGCGACUUCGACCCCAACGUGGACGAGGACCGGCUGCAGGAGAUCGCUGGGGCGACGGUGGAGAGCAUGCUGGGUAGCCUGCUCUGCCUGCCCGGCUCGGGACCGUUGCUGCUGGACCCGUACGGCUCCACCAUCUCCGAGACCACCAGCGAGGCCUGGAGCGUGGAAGUGCUGCCCAGCGACUCGGAGGCCCCGGACCUGAAGCAGGAGGAGCGUCUGCAGGAGCUGGAGAGCUGCUCCGGGGUGGGGAGCACCUCCGACGACACGGAGGUCCGGGAGGUCAGCUCCCGACCCAGCACCCCCGGCCUCAGCGUGGUCUCAGGCGUAAGCGCCACCUCGGAAGACAUCCCCAACAAGAUGGAGGACCUGCGGUCGGAGUGCAGCUCGGACUUCGGGGGGAAGGACUCGGUGACCAGUCCAGAUGGGGAGGAGUCGGCGCACGGAGGGCACCACUUGACGUCUCCCCCAUCCCAGGCCGAGUCCCUGCUGGCCAUGUUUGAUCCCCUGUCUUCCGCAGAAGGUUCCUCCACGGGCACCAUCGUGAGGCCCAAGGUGCACUGCAUCCGGCCGCCUCACCCUCCGCCGGACCCGCCCGUGGCGGAGCCGCGCCACGCCCUGUUCGGGCCCCACGGCCUGGCGCAGGCGGAGCUGGAGCUGGCCAAGCAGCGGCACUCCUACCCCGACCGGCUGGUGCGCAGCCGCAGCUCGGACAUCGUCUGCGCCGGCCGCCGGCCCACCAGCGACCCCGGCCUCAACCGCCGGGCCACCGUGGAGGAGCGGGACCCGGCCCCCGGCUUCUCCCUGGGACCCUCGUCCUCGCCCAGCAAGGACUCGCUCAAAGGAGACGAGGAGAGGAAGGACAGCGAUGACGAGAAGUCCGAUCGCAACCGACCGUGGUGGAAGAAACGCUUUGUCUCGGCCAUACCCAAAGUGCUGUACUGGACUGCAGAAAGCGAAGGACCAGCUCCCAUGGCGGCGUUCCGGAAAAGAGACAAGCUGGAGAAGGAUGACGUGGUGCUGGAGCGGGUCCCGCAAGACGAGCCCCUGCCCAGACAGAACACUCAGGACCAGGCGGCCGAAGACAUCCUGGACAAGUACAGGAACAUCAAGCGCAUCAGCCCCGGCGAGAGAGCCGCCGCCGCCUCGUACGACAGCCAGGAGGCCUGUGGAGGAGAAGGAGAGAGUGUUCACGACUCCCCCAGAGAGGAGGUUCUGCAGAACAUCUCCACAGACGACCUGCCCGACUCCGCCAGCCAGACAGCCCACCCUCAGGAUUCCAAGUUCUCCUUCAGUGAUGCAAAGAAGAAGCUGAGACUGGCCCUGUGCUCUGCGGACUCUGUGGUCUACCCCAUCACGUUCCCUGCCUCCACCCGAAACGGCCUUCCUGACCACGGCGACCAUGAAGACAACGAGAUCGUGUGCUUCCUGAAGGUGCAGCUGGCGGAAGCCAUCAACCUGCAGGACAAGAGCCAGAUGGCCCAGAUCCAGGAGACCACGCGCUGUGUCAGCCGCUUCGACGCCCGCACCUGCAGGAAGCUGCUGGCCGCCAUCGCCGACGACUACAGGAAGCGGGCGCCCUACAUCGCCUACCUGACGCGGUGUCGGCAGGGCCUGCAGACGUCGCAGGCGCACCUGGACCGCCUCCUGCAGAGGGUGCUGCGGGACAAGGAGGUGGCCAACCGCUACUUCACCACCGUGUGCGUGCGGCUGCUGCUGGAGCAAAUGGAGGCCAAGAUGCAGGGCUUCAUCAGAGCGUUCCAGGGGUGCACGGCGGCCGACGACAAGACGGCGUCGGUGGAGGACUUCCUGCGCUACCUGUACGGCGCCAUGGCGAACGACGCCAUCUGGCAGUACGCCAGCGAGGAGCAGCUGCAGGACGCGCAGGCGGCCAUCGAGCGCAGCGUCAUGAACCGCAUCUUCAAGCUGGCCUUCUACCCCAACCAGGACGGGGACGUCCUCAGAGACCAGGUCUUACAGGAACACAUUCAGCGCCUCUCCAAAGUGGUGACAGCCAAUCACAAGGCUCUUCAGAUUCCAGAGGUGUACCUGAAGGAGGCUCCGUGGCCGUCUGCGCAGUCGGAGAUCCGGACGAUCAGCGCGUACAAGACACCGCGGGACAAGGUGCAGUGCAUCCUGCGCAUGUGCUCCACCAUCAUGAACCUGCUGAGCCUGGCCAACGAGGACUCGGUGCCCGGCGCCGACGACUUCGUCCCUGUGCUCGUCUUCGUGCUUAUAAAGGCAAACCCGCCCUGCCUGCUGUCCACCAUUCAGUACAUCAAUAAUUUCUACGCCAGUCGGCUGAGUGGGGAGGAGUGCUAUUGGUGGAUGCAGUUCACCGCAGCGGUGGAAUUCAUUAAAACCAUCGACGACCGCAAGUGAUGCAGAACUGCCACCUGUACGAGCUGCCACCCGACCAACUGCUCCAGGACCGCGCCCACGUACCCCCCCCACCCUCCCACCCCCCCUCCCCCGCUCACACCUGUACCCCGAUUUGUCACUCUGUAUUGUAUAGCUGUACAUAGAGUAAGAGACAUUUUAGUAUCAAAGAGUAUAUCGUAAUAACAAAAGCAAGGAAAGAAAAAGUUGGUUUUACAAGGAACAACCAUGAAUGAUGAAUUGCCUCUCUCUUCUCUCUCUCUCUCUCUCCCUCCCCUUUCCCUCUCCGAGCAGUUUGGGUGCUGCAUUAAAAGAUCCUGAAAAGGAUCAUUAUGAAUAUGAUUUAAAAUUAAUAUUUAAUCCAGUUUUUUUUAAAAAGGGACCAGAAUUCUACAGGCAGUUUGUGGGUUCUUUUACUACCUGCAAGCGCUAAACAUUCUCCUUCCCCAGACAACGCAGACCACGAACGGAAGCGGCCACAGUAUCCGCCUGUUAAAACGGAGGGUGCUUGCUCUCCGGUCAGAUCGAACGCGCAGGGUUAACUUCUGGUUCAUUUCUACAGCACAUCGAGCUGAACGGCGACCGCAAACCUUGUUUUUCUUUUCCUUUUUUUUUUUUUUUCCCCAGCGAGAGCCAAUAAGGCAGCCGCACUGUCUCUUUUUCGAAUCGCACGGAAGCACACGCCAGCCAUUUGCGUAGCUGGACCGUUUGUUUUACGGAACGUAACGAGCUUGUAAAAGGUAAUUUUGCUCAUCUUUAAAAAAAAAAAAAAAACAAACAAACAGAGAAAACAAUACUUCCCAACUGGACAGAAAGGCCCUUGUCUUUAGAUCUGUCUGCAUAUGUUAUUUACUGCUCUCUGUUUAAAGCUUUAUUGAUAUUUUCCUUUGGAGAAAAAAAAAAACACAUUAAAAUGUUGCUGCUUGUAUUAAGAUACCGGGCAGAGUGAUGAUGAGGAGGGCGGAUGAUUUGGGCUGUGAGAGAGAGAACAAUCCUGUUACCAAGUAGAGCGCGAUGACACUUUUCAGUGGGUAAGAAGUACAGGAGAAACAGAUGCGUCGUCGGGUUGCUUUCGACGGUCAGUAUUGCGGUGUCAGUGCCUUGCCGGGGAAAGGGUCGCGUUAGUGCCGGGCUGGCGUGCGGAGGGCUCUUCGGCGGUCCGUGGCACGCCACCGACGGCGUGCUGCGCCGCCCGCGGCUAGCGCGUUUCACCGCCGCUCUUCCUCUCCGUUUCCCUCGUUCUUCGCGGGGUUUUCCGAAGGUCGGCCGACCCCGGGAUCGGGUCUUCGCCCGCACGGGAAGCGUGCGUCCAGCGCGGACGGGACGGCGUCCCUGAUCCCCUCCCCCCCCCGCCAGCCGCCGCCGCCACCCCAUAGACGCGUCGCUGAGGCUACCUCAAGAGAACAAAAUCCAUCUGAAGCGUCGGGGAAUCUCGGCUUGCGGCCUAGCUCAUGAAUACGAAUGUAUAGAUGUAUUAUAGACUUUAUUUAUUGGUUUGCUUUUUGGGGGGGAGGGACUGGGCCGUGGCGAAUAACUGAGCCGUGUAAAUCGGCGUGAGUGUUAGAGUAGGCUGUGGGCGGACACUGGUGACCUCUUUCAGAGAACAGAGAAAGCUGGCCACAGCCUGCGUUGCAGUACCUUUCAGCAUCUCCUCAGCUUAACUUGUGAGACCCCAGGCACCCUAUUACCAGACUGAAACAAAAGUGUUCCUUUUCUUCUUCUUCUAGCCGGUUAGUUCCUGGUCCUGGGCACCGCAAAUACAAACUCAUUAAUUUGGCUCGUAUCUGUCACCUCAAAGCUGCAUUUUACUUGGCUCCGUUAGUGCUGGUCAUUUGAUCCGAAGGAGCUUUUUAAUUUGCUCACAAACAAAAAAAAAAAAUUAAAUAAAUAAAUGCAGUGUAAUUGCACCUGUAAUAUCCAGGAUGUAAAUACAUCAAUGAAAAAAACCAAACGAACAAAAACGAAAAAAAAAAAAACGCAGUCGGUUCGUUUAACUCUACCUCCUUACGGCUUAAUGAAAGGGACUGUUAAAAGUGGUUGUACACUGUUGUUUCUGUUAUAUUUCUCUCAUUUAAAAAAAAAAAAGAAGGGAUGGGAUUCUGUAUUUCUCUUUUUUCUUCCCUAGUCCUUUAAAAGUUGAAGUUGAGCGGGGCUGCUCAGCCAAACAAAAAAAAAUGGCAGCCAUCCAUGUUCUAGUUGCAGCUAUUACAAGGCAAGAACGCAGUUUCCAAUGUUAAAAUAUGCACUUUGCUACUCGCUUAUGUAUUGUAUGUCUACAGAUGUAUUUUCUAAGCAGUUUUCCCCAUUUUAUAUUUAAUCAAAAUAUCACAAAAAAAAGCCAAUAAAAUAUCCAAAACACUGUGACUGUUAACUGACAGUGACUUGUGUGUGAGGGUUAUGAAAGAUGGUGGCCCUCAGAUGGUCAUAUGCUGGCCAAUUCGAAGGUCACCCACCAGUUGCAAUACCUUGUGGGUAGCUUCUGGCCAAACAAAUACUCAUUCGCUUCCCUGGCUAGUGACACGAUCCACAUUAAAAUAGAAGUACAUCUUGCCCACCAGUUGGCAGUGCAGUUGCCGGUCUGGUUGUUCACCAAAAGGUCCAUCGGUUGACCUUUUGCUCUGUUUAAAAAAAAAAAAAAAAUUUUUUUGGUCAUUAUUAAUGCAGUGCCAUCGUGAAACUACAUUCCCAAGGGCAAUUCUUCUUUUCUGAUCGAGUCAGCUGUUAGCAGGGCACUGUGGUGGGCAGUCGAGACUGAAUGCUGCCUGUUUCGAACUGAAUGGGUGGAUUCCCUCCAUUCCUGAUAGGGUGAAUUUCCCUCCUUGGCUCGCAAGUCUUUUUCCAUUCGCUACCUUUUCUUCUGAAUAAAGACAUAUCAAAAAAACCUAUGCCAAAUUUAGCUUUUUUGUUUUUACUUUCUAGAUUUUAUUUAUUAUUUUUAAAGGUAUGUACAUGCCACGGUCUUGGUUCGUUUAGGAGUAAAUUGGUAUUCCUUUCUCAUGCUGAAUGUUUGAAGCGGUCGUUUUAAUCUGCGUUUUCUUGGAUUGCCGGCAGAUUUAUCUGAGACACUAGUAGAAAGAAGAAAAAUAAAUUGUGAGGAUUACCUUCCACUGGGAUAAACAGUAAUGGCUUUGAGCUCAAGGCAAGCAUAUCAGUUGAUCAGUGUGCAUUUUUCGACUAAUAGGUGCUUAGCCGUGAAAUACUCAUAUUAUAGCGUAGCGCCUGUGACAUUAACAGUAGUAUCAUAGAUUCAGGCAAUUAGAUGCUUUAGCUUAGUUCCUGACCUGUCUUGCUUUUUUUGUUCAAUCGAUUUAAAUCGGACGCGGCUACAAAAAAAGACAGACAUGCCAACAUCCGCAAAACAAUCCUUUAAACGGGAAUAAGUUCAGAAGCUUAUUUUUUUAGAUGUAAAUUGUCCUUAGUGUUUUGGAAGGGGCCUGUUUGAACACUGCGUUUUAUUCAAUAAAAGAGACCCUUGCUGUAGAAAAAAAAAACAAUUCAAGUGACACGCUCCAGAUUUCAUUCCAUGGGGGAAAAAAAUGUGAAUAUGUCUUUUAGGGGCAUUUAAACACUGUUGUAUAUCUUAUAUGAAUUGUGACCUCUUAACUAACUAAUCGCCAAAGUGAAACCAUUUGGAGCAAUCACACAUCCGUGUGUAUAAUCUAGAUUCAGUCUGGUUCUGUGAUGAGUUGUGUUUUCAGUGAAAGGUUUCCAGACCUUUUGCCCUUAGUCGUCAGUAGUUCAUCCCUUGUAAAAGCAUUGCUACUGCAUCCUAAACAAUUUUUAAGCCUAAUUCAGACACAUUUUGGCUAAAUUCAUGUUCUGAUAAAGUGCUUGCACUUUCUAGAACCCAAUGAGAAAGAUUUGUCCAAACCAUGUUGAAACCUGUUUAUGUGUACAGUAGUGUGAAUACAGGCCUCAGUAGUAAGCUCCUAAAUUUUGGUGCCAGUCUGGAGAGAAAGCUCUGCUGUCCGUCUGUCUACUCUGGGACGGGCGAGAUGGACAACCAGCAAAUUCACAUGAAAAAACUUGCACAAUGUGGCAUAGGUGGAGGGAGGAGGGGUGUUCUGUCUUUAAUGUGAUUAAUGUAUUAUAUUAUUCUAUAAAAAAUUAAAAACAAAGUUGAUCUCCC